AUUUUGAUUAAAAAAUAAUGAAAAUGCUUUCAAUAAUUGUUUAUAUCGUUAACUCAUUUAACCACGGGGAAAAAGAAAACAAAAGCUUCGGGAAUUUUUUCCUUCAUUAUGAAAAGUCGUUCGAUUGAUCUCCGUCUUCCCUUUGUGUUGAGUGAAAAAAGUAUAUCCCUCCGAGGCCACGGAAAAUUCAAGAAAAUCUGACCUCUGCCGUACAUGCCACAUACAAAUUCAUAUUUUUCACAAUUAUCUGAUUUAUAUUCUGUGAUCUUCUUGUUUUUUUAAUGGGGGUCUUUCUAUUUGUAUAUACAUCAUAUUGUUACAUCGAACCCUCUAGAGGUACUAAAUUUUGCAGCAUUUCUUUUAUUUAUAAUAAUUUUCCAAUUUCUUGUAUGAUUUAGGAUUGAAAGAUCUGUGUAUUCUUUUCUUCUUUUGCAUGAUCAACAUGUCAUUUCGUUGAUCAUUUUGCAUGUUAUGUGACUAUACUCCAAAAAGCAAAAAGCCAAAUGUGCUUUCUCUCCCUUUGUCAUAAGUUAUGGUCUUUACUCUAAAGGGAAAAAAAGUUUAAUGUGUUUAGAUCCUCAGGGAGCAUUUUUUGAGUAGAGUUUUAAAGUUGAAGUAGGAAGCGCCGCAAGCACCACUAGGCUUGGUCAUUCUUUGCUUAAAUAGAAAGGUAACAGUCUCAAUCUAGUGACGCCAAUAAUGGAUAAUAAUAAUAAGUCUUCUUCAUCGUCAACAUAUCCAUAUAACACAGCUCCUCCUUCACCAUCUAGAAAUCAACCAUCAUAUAAUAAUUCCUCUAACAAUUCUACUCCAUAUCCUCCUCCUGGUUCUGUUCCAUAUCCAUAUCCCCCAUACCUUCAUUUUCAUCCACCUCCAUUCGCUGCUCAACAUUCCGGUCACUUUAACUACCAUAAUUAUCCACAAGUUCCACCAUCUCCAUCAGAAUCAACACCUAGUAGACCCCAGCAGACUAAUAGUACCCCUUUAGAGUAUAGUAAUUAUCCUCCACCAUCACAUAUUGUCCAUGCUCCUUAUGUGUACCAUGUUUAUCACCCUCCUCCUCCUAUAAUAUCUUCUUCUAGACCUGCUCUUCAACAACAAGGGAGUUUCCAAUAUGGUUUAUCUCAAGGUCCUCUAGAGAGGCAACCAUCCAAAGCCCAUGAUCAAUCUCCUGGCCUCCAGUACCAAAAUAGUUUGUCGUCUGUUAGUAGUUCCGGUGCAAGUAGUUUAUCAGAUGUAAAUAGUUCAUUGCCUAGCUCUGAUCAUGGUAAAAAUGAACCUCAUCCACGUAUAGAUGAUCAACUAGCAAAUGUGCAUUUGUAUGAAAAUCCUGCCCCUGCCCCUGCAUCAGCAACAUAUCACUUAGGACCAAGACCUCAUGCAGUGAAUGUCCAAGGAACUAUAUAUGGACAUCCCAAUGCCUCAUUUUCUAAGGGGGGGGCAUCUUCUGUGGUCCAAUCCGAGCCGCGUCAUAAACCAACUCAUUCAAGAACAUCAAGUGGUGAUCUACAAAAUAAUUGGGGUAUGCAAGUUGUGCCAUUUAUGCGUUCGAAAAACGUUCUGCUAUUACAUGGGAAUCUUGAUAUUUGGGUAUUUGAAGCAAGAAACUUACCAAACUUGGACAUGUUCCACAAAACCAUAGGGGAUAUGUUUAGCAAAAUGGGAAACAAUGGGCAACUUGGUAAUAUGACAAGUGAUCCAUAUGUCACGAUUCUACUAGCAGGCGCAGUUAUUGGGCGUACUUACGUAAUAAACAAUAAUGAAAAUCCUGUGUGGAUGCAACAUUUUAAUGUACCGGUUGCACAUUAUGCUUCUGAAGUGCAAUUUCUUGUGAAGGAUAAUGACUUGGUAGGUUCCCAGCUUAUAGGGACAGUAGCAGUCCCCGUAGAACAUAUAUACGGUGGGGGAAAAGUCGAAGGUUUCUUUCCAAUCUUAAAUAAUGGAAAACCUUGCAAAGCUGGAGCUGUUUCAAGGAUAUCAGUUCAGUAUUACCCAAUGGAUCAAUUAAGCUUUUACCACCAUGGAGUUGGAGCAGGUCCUGAGUAUUAUGGGGUUCCUGGGACUUAUUUUCCACUGAGGAUGGGUGGAUCAGUUACGCUCUAUCAAGAUGCUUAUGUCCCUGAUGGAUGUCUUCCAAAUUUAAAACUUGACUAUGGGAUGCAGCAACAUGCGCAUGGAAAGUGCUGGCACGACAUCUUUGAUUCAAUUUGCCAAGCUCGACGGUUGAUAUACAUUACUGGAUGGUCAGUGUGGCAUAAAGUGAGACUCGUUCGCGAUGAUGAUUCUGUAGCAGAUAGCUGUCUUGGGGAGCUUUUGAAGUCAAAAUCACAAGAAGGAGUGAGAGUGCUGCUUCUUGUCUGGGAUGAUCCCACUUCAAGGAGCAUCCUUGGCUAUAAAACGGAUGGACUCAUGGCAACCCACGAUGAAGAGACUCGUCGUUUUUUCAAGCAUUCUUCUGUGCAAGUGUUGCUUUGUCCUCGUGUGGCAGGAAAGCGUCACAGCUGGGCCAAGCAGAGGGAAGUUGGAGUAAUUUAUACACAUCAUCAGAAAACCGUGAUAGUGGAUGCUGAUGCAGGAAACAAUCGAAGAAAGAUCAUAGCUUUUGUUGGAGGACUUGACUUGUGUGAUGGGCGAUAUGAUACUCCAGAGCAUCCUAUAUUUAGAACACUGCAGACUGUGCACUCUGAUGACUAUCAUAAUCCCACUUAUGCGGGGAGUACUACUGGUUGUCCAAGAGAACCAUGGCAUGACUUGCACUGUAAAAUUGAUGGUCCAGCAGCAUAUGAUGUUCUGAAAAACUUUGAGGAACGCUGGUUAAAAGCUUCAAAGCCCCAGGGUAUCAGAAAGUUGAAGAAGACGUAUGAUGAUUCUUUGCUCCGAAUCGAAAGAAUGCCUGAAAUUCUUAGUAUUUCUGAGACUUCAUCUGCGAGCAGCACUGAUCCUGAUAAUUGGCAUGUACAGAUUUUCCGCUCUAUUGACUCAAAUUCAGUCAAAGGCUUUCCAAAGGAUCCCAAAGAAGCUACAAUGAAGAACCUGGUAUGUGGAAAAAAUGUACUUAUUGACAUGAGUAUUCAUACGGCAUACGUGAAAGCCAUUCGUGCUGCACAGCAUUUUGUUUACAUUGAGAAUCAGUACUUCAUUGGGUCCUCGUACAAUUGGAGUCAAUAUAACGAUGUGGGAGCCAAUAAUCUGAUUCCUAUGGAAAUUGCACUUAAAAUCUGUGAAAAAAUUAGAGCAAAUCAAAGGUUUGCAGCAUAUAUUGUCAUCCCAAUGUGGCCAGAGGGUAAUCCAACUGGAGCUGCUACACAGAGAAUUCUUUUUUGGCAGCAUAAGACGAUACAAAUGAUGUAUGAGACUAUUUACAAGACUUUAGUGGAGGUUGGCCUUGAGGAUGCUUUCUCUCCACAAGAUUAUUUGAACUUUUUCUGUCUUGGUAACCGCGAGACUGAUGAAGGGGAAGAUGAGAAUUCUGGUGCUGCUAACACUCCCCAGGCACUGAGUCGAAAAUACAGAAGAUUUAUGAUAUAUGUUCAUUCUAAAGGCAUGAUUGUGGAUGAUGAGUAUGUCAUAGUGGGAUCUGCAAACAUCAAUCAACGCUCACUAGAGGGGACCAGAGACACAGAGAUAGCGAUGGGAGCAUAUCAACCUCAUCAUACAUGGGCAAGAAAACAGUCGAGUCCCAGUGGACAGAUAUGUAGAUAUAGAAUGUCUCUGUGGGCUGAGCAUCUUGGAGUUGUCGAUGACUACUUUACCCGACCAGAGUCUCUAGAAUGUGUAAGACGGGUUAGGUCAAUGGGUGAAGCAAACUGGAAACAAUUUUCAGCUGAUGAAGUAACUGAAAUGAGAGGUCACCUCCUAAAGUACCCUGUUGAAGUUGAUAGGAGAGGCAAGGUGAAGAGUCUUCCUGGAUUUGAAGAAUUUCCAGAUGUUGGUGGAGACAUAAUUGGAUCAUUCCUAGCCAUUCAAGAGAAUCUUACCAUUUGAAUUUUGCCAUUUCUUUUCUCAACUUGUACUUUUGAGAUUAUUAAUAAGACGCAUUAGUAGACUAAACUUCCACUAUGCACAGAGUUCCGCGAAGGGUCAAGAAGUUAUGUCCAUUUCUUGAACUUUGACCUCCUAGUCACAUGAUAACUCUUUCCUUUGCGUCAAUGUUGCUGUAUAUUUAGAGACUAGUACAAUGCAAAAUUAUAUUAGGUACAGAGAGGAUGUCGGGAA